AUGAUUGAAAACACUGAGCAGGUUGCUCAGACAGCUUAUGCAGUCACAGCUAUAGUGCUGUUGUUAACCUGUGCUAGAUUCUGCUUAAGGCGAAUCAAGCAUGAGAAGAUCUACCCUGAUGACUGGCUCAUGAUAGGUGCUUUCUUCCUCAUGGGAGGUUUUGCUUCUACAUUCCCCGUUCUUCUCGCAACCGGAUCAGGAAAACAUGCCCACUCAGAUGCUGAAACUAUCGAAGAAACGGAGUUUGACUCAAAAUACAUCAUGUUCGGACGUAUUGCCUAUCUAUCUUACAUUUGGUCUCUAAAAGCUUGCAUUUUACUUUACUAUUACCGUUUGACAACUCGGCAGCCGGAACAGAGAUAUGUGAUCUUCACUUCCUGGUUGAUUGCUGCGACCUGGACAACUACUAUUUUAACGUGGAUGCUUCAAUGCCACCCAUUUAAUCUGAAUUGGAAGUUUACAAACCCCCAUCAAAAAUGCGCAAGAGCGGGACUGCUGUUCAUGGCAAUUUCGAUCAUUGUAACUAAUGUCAUUUUGAUUACUAUUCCUUUGCCGAUGAUUUGGCGAACACAGAUGAUGACAGCUACAAAGCUUAAAGUAUCAGCCGUGUUCCUCAUUGGUAUAUUCCUUGUUAUAAUAUCUAUCAUACGAACUGUGUUGCAGGAAAGCAAAACCCAAGAAAUUGACGAUAGGUUUUUCUGGGGUAACAUGGAGCGUUUUUUUGCCAAUGCUCCUAUACUCAACGCCCUUUAUCGACGCCUCAAAGCUGGUACUGGAUCCAGCCACCUCGUAUCUAGAUCUGAUAUGAGAUCGGCCAGAAAUACAGAUGGUAUUGAGCUUUGCUCUGCUGAAGACUCGAGAGAGAUCGAUUUCAUGGAAGCGAUUCGAGGAGGACCUGAAUCUGAGCCUGAUAAACAGUCAACCCACACCUACGUUUUACCAGCCUCACCGGCACCAGCCAGAACCGCAUCUAGAUCUCCCAACCAUUCUAGACGCAAAGAAGUUCCCCAUACCAACGUACUACUCUCCAUUUCCAGAUCUAAAGGAAAUCACGACUCGCUUGGACGCGCCGAACAAACCGUUGAGAUUGUCCAAACUUCCGAGCCUGCAGAUCCUAAAAAUCCAAUGGCGAUGAAUCCGUUAGGAGGCGCUGGACGAGUCGAAACAAAGAUUUCUCAUCAUGAUGACUCGCCGUUACCAAGUAAUCCGGAUGUUUACGAGGAACUUUAUUCUUCGGCUCAUAGAUCUAUGACUUUGGAAGAUAUGCUAGCAGAGCCUAAUUCGCCUAGUCGGAAACGAAGAUGA